AUGUCGAACCCCCGCGUUGAAGAACUUCCCGACGAGGAGCCCAAGAAGACCACCGUCCAGGAGCACGAGGAUGACUCCAGCGACGACUCUGAGGUUGAGGAGGUCGGCGAGGGCCAGCUCCCCGCUGGUUCUACCGUGAUCCACAACCGCAACGAGAAGAAGGCUCGCAAGGCCCUUGAGAAGCUGCACCUCACCCGCAUCCCUGGCAUCACCCGUGUUACUCUCCGCCGCCCCAAGAACAUCCUCUUCGUCAUCAACACCCCCGAGGUUUACAAGUCCCCCAACAGCAACACCUACAUCGUCUUCGGUGAGGCCAAGAUUGAGGACGUUAACGCCGCUGCUCAACAAGCGGCUGCUGCUCAGCUCGCUUCCCAGAACGCUGAGGACCACUCUGGUCACAACCACGGCGAGCCCAGCAAGGCUGUUGAGGCCGACGAGAAGAAGGAGGACAAGGAUGAUGAUGACGAGGAGGACGAGGAGGAGGAUGAGGAGGAGGUCGAUGCCUCUGGACUUGAGGAUAAGGACAUCGAGCUUGUCAUGACCCAAGCCAAUGUCAGCCGAAACAAGGCUGUCAAGGCAUUGAAGGAGAACGACAACGAUAUUGUCAAUUCCAUCAUGGCUCUAAGUAUCUAG